UUGGUAGAGUCAUAUAGUGAGGUGCUUUAUAGUGCUUUCUUUUUUUUCUUAAAAUACUUCCACAUUCAUAAACACACUUUAAAAUUAAAAGAAAUAGUUAAUUUUCAGCAAAUUUUGCUAUAAACAUUAAAAACAAUAUUUCUUAUUUGAAAUAUCAGUGGCUUUUGGUAAUUUUCACAAAUAUUCACUACAAUUUCCACUUGGACUUGACAGUUGUCAACAGCAGGCAAUUUAUAUUGCCAUAUGAAAAUCGAGAUUUUUCUUUUACUUUUGCCCGACUGCGCGACGCAAAGGAAGGUAAUGUGUUUAUCAGUCCAUGUAUGUACGUAUAUUUGUUUUUAUGUGGCGUUCUAGAGACCAAAUGCGUAGGUUGAUUUUGAUGAUCCUUACGUCAAUCGAUUCAUCUUAACCUUGCGAUUGUCACUAAAGACAUGACAAUAAUCAUGUCUUUAGUGACAAUCGCAACAAUUCACCACAGCUAUAACCAGACAUCAUAUUGUCGAAAUGAAAAAAAAAACGAUGAACUAUGUCAAGUGGGGUGUCGUUGAAUAGGUAUUUAAAAUAUAUAACGAUUUAAAAUUGUUUAACAAACGAUGAAACGCCAAUUCAAAUUUAUCAAUCAAAUCAUUCCAAGGGGCCCUGACUGUGAGUCGUUCUGUUCUGCAUUAGAAUUUAUGAUUUGUGUUAUGUGUGUAUCGAUUAUAAAACUAUUUCAAUUGUGUAGUUAUUUAGUAUCACUUAACAGAAUUCUAAACUACUGGACUAGUUUCUUUCUUUUUUUAGUUUUUAUUUCAGUUAAUUUUUUCAUGUAUUUUUAAACUGUAUUCGGAUGCAGUCGGUUUGUUGUUUUUCUUUUUUACCAUCAGAUUUCAGUACACCUAUGCAACUUAAUACGUGGAAACCAGUCACUAACGUAUAAAAUCAAUCAAUUUAAAACGAAUCGAAUAUUAGUUAAUUAUGAUUAAAAAAAUCACAUCACUUAACAAAAUGACAAGAGAAUUUUUAAGGUUAUGUUUGUGAUGUGUCAGAAAAUUAGAUUUUGGAAAAUUUCAAUAAGAUUUUAGGUUCUACAAAUGGUUAAUAAUUGUAUUUACCCAGAUUUGAAACUUGAAAUUGCUGAUUUUUUAAAUUAAUACACAAUGGCUGUGGUCAUAGAAACGACACUUGGUGAUAUCACUGUAGAUUUAUAUUUGGACCAGCGUCCUGUAUCAUGUUUGAAUUUUUUGAAGUUGUGCAAAAUGAAAUACUUCAAUUUUAACCUCUUUCACACCAUAAGAAGCGGCUUUAUUGCACAAACGGGUGAUCCUACCGGAGAGGGGUCGGGAGGCCAAUCCAUUUUUGGUAUAUUAGAAGGACCCGAGAAGCGAUUCUUCUCAGGUGAAAAAAUGCCAAAAAUUCGUCAUACUAAUGCCGGUUUGCUGUCCAUGGUUUGUUCUGACGACAUGAUGAUUGGAUCACAGUUUUUUUUCACACUGGCAUCUGACUUGGAUUCUCUAGAUGGAGUACAUUGUGUAAUUGGAGAAGUAACUGAAGGCCACGAAAUACUUCGAAAAUUAAAUGAAGUAAUUUGUGAUGAGACUCAUAGACCAUAUCAAGAUGUAAGAAUUACACAUACUGUAAUAUUAGAUGAUCCUUUCAAUGAUCCCCCUGGUUUUCAUACUCCAUCUAGAUCUCCAUCCCCUAGUGCAGAAAGAUUGAAAGGUGGCAGGAUUGCACCUGAUGAAGAAAUUGAUGAGACUCAAGGCAAGACUGCUGAAGAAAUUCAGGAAAUUAUUGAAGAGAAAGAAGCUAAAGCUCGGGCAACUAUUCUUGAAAUUGUUGGUGAUUUACCAGAUGCAGACAUAGCGCCCCCAGAAAAUGUUCUUUUCGUUUGUAAACUAAAUCCGGUCACAACUGAUGAAGAUUUAGAAAUUAUCUUUAGCAGAUUUGGAAAAAUUGUAAGUUGUGAAGUCAUUAGAGAUAAGAAGACAGGUGAUUCCUUGCAGUAUGCUUUUAUAGAAUUUUCUGAUAAGAAGUCUUGUGAAGAUGCAUACUUUAAAAUGGAUAAUGUUUUGAUUGAUGACAGACGUAUACAUGUAGAUUUCUCACAGUCAGUAUCGAAGAUGAGGUGGCUUGGUAAAGGCAGAGGUGUACAACAUUUCGAUGAUGAUGGAAACAUAAAAGGGAAUCAGUUUCAAAGCAAGUAUAACCAGGAUCAUGACAAAGAUCAUAAAAGAGAGAGACACAAUCAUCGUCAUCGGGGUGAAAGAGAUCGAUCACCAAACAACAGAUAUAAGAGUGAUAGAGUCAAUGAAAGGAAAGAAAGGAUGCAGUCAAGAGACUACAGUAGUAGGAAAAGUGAGAAAACUGAGAGACAUCGUCGGAGAAGCAGAAGUGAAGAAAAUAAUGAAAGACGAAAAAAAUAUGUAAAUGAGAAGCAAAAUAAAGUUAGGAGUAGAAGUAAAUCUGAAGAAAGACUAAUGAGUAAACAUGAAAAAUCUAGAAAUAGACCUACAAAUCAUAGAAAUAAUGACAGUAUAUCUAAGUCUAGGCAAUAUGAUAAAUCACAGGUCCAUAGAGCAAGUAAAUCAGAUAUGAAUUAUAGUGAUAAACAAAGAAAUAACAGGUCAAAAUCUCCCACUAGAUACUGUAAAGACAAAAACGUUGAAGUACUGGAACAAAACAAUGAUGUCGGAAGAAAACACAGUAAUAAUAAUAACAAUAAUAAAAGGCAUAAGUCUCAUAGUAGAGAUGAUUUGCUCAUCAAAAAAUUAAAGUUAGAUUCAAAGAAAGAAAAAUCAGAUAUAACAGAGAAGACAGUAAAGAAAAAGCAUAACAAACAUGUUGAACCUCAAACGCCAUCACCUGCAAAAGAAAAAAUUAAUAAAACAGUUAAGAAACAAUCAGAAAAUACUAAAGACUAUAAAAAAAGAGUAGUCAAUAAAAAAAAGAAGCGAAGGCCAUCAACAUCCUCAUCAGAGACUGAUUCUUCAGAAUCAAGUUCUUCAAGUACAGAGUCUAGUUCAUCUAGUGAUUCAGAUAACAGAAAUAAAAAAAGAUCUAGAAGGAAGAGAAAAUAUUCAUCAUCAAGUAGCAGUGAAUCUAGUGACAGUACUACAAGUUCUAGUAGUUCAGACUCAAGUAGUUCAACCAGUUCAAGUUCUGAUAGUGAAAUAGACAGAAAAAGAGCAAAGAAAACGAAAAAGAAGAUUGUUAAAAAAGCCAAGAAAAAAGCAUAAAAACUCUUCUUUGAUAUUUGUUUCCUAGAUUGCUAUUAACAUUAGUAAACUAUUUUAAUCAACUGGGGAAUCAUAUUAUUAUUUAAUUUUUGUUUACAAAUGUUCAGAUUCAUCCAUCCCUCAUUCAACUAAUUUAUUUAUUGAAUCUAAAAAGUAAUAAGAAUCUUCUAAAAAUUAUAAUUUAUUUGUAUCAUUAGCACAGGCCUUUUAUAUUAACUACAAGAAAUAUGGUAAAAUGAUUUCCUUAUUUAAUUUAUAAAAUGAGGAAAAAAUACAUUAAAACAAUAUUGAAAACAGUGUUGAAUGUUUUCAAUUCUAUGUUUCGAUCUUGUCUAAAGUGCCGUUGUAUAACUAAGUGUCAGUCAGGAACUAACACUAUUUGUUUUAUUAAUCCAAACUCAUGUUUUAAUGUAAUGCUAUUAUAUAAAUACUUAUAGGCACAUUUAAAUUAUUUGUUGUAAUACAUAAAUAUAUGUACAAAUUAUGUAAGACUAGAAUUCCUUUAUCUACUCAAUGAUAAAAAUAGUGCCAAUUCUGUACCAUGCUUUAAACUAAACUUAUAAAAAUUACAUUAAUUUCAAUUUGACUAUUUUUACGUAAUUCCUUUAAAAUAAUUGUACAUUCAAAAGCAGCAUGCUUACUUUCGAACGCAAUUGCGACCGAUCGACAUAGAAAUUGUGCCGUUUUGUACUUUUGAUUGAGUAUACUGGCGCCAGAGUAUGCUAGUGAACCAAUCAAGAGUGCGGAGCGGCACAAUUGCAAUGUCGAUUGGUCGCGAUUGCGUUCGAGAGUAAGCAUGAUGGUCAGUUUAUACAUGUGUGUCAAAUUUAUCUACAUGAUUUUAAGUCUAAAUACUUUCAGAGUUUAAAAUCCACUCCAAUGAUUAUACAUAAUUUUUCAAUUCUUAGGAAAUUUGCAGCUAAUGAAAUGUUAAAGUAGAAAUGUAAAUAUUUCAUAACAUGAUAAAAAGAACUUUCAAAUAAGUUACCAACUAACUCAAUCAAGAUAUGAAUUUCUCAAUAUACAAUUACAUGUAAUACACGACAUAGUUUUUAAAGAUGUAGUUUAACUUAUUGGUAGGUAGUAUAGUCACCAUCUUGUUAAUUUUAAGUGUUUCUUGACUGAGAAAUUGUUUUUAUUAUCUAUGGAAUAUACAAAUAUAGGUAGCAUGCAAUAUUAAAAAAAUAAUUGCAAUUGAAAAAAAAAGGAAUAGUAACAUCUAGUAAUUUUUCUUCUAGUUAGUAAUAUUAUAAUUUAGGUAAUGCCUUUAUGUCUUUUGUGUCAAAAUACAUAAUUAUGUCAUAAUUAAAUUGGUUUCUUUUAUCACAAAACUUUGCUUAUGUUAGUAUUGAAGUUGCACUUAUUAUCAUCUAAUUAUAGAAUUUCAACUUCUUAUAUAAUUUAUAGAUUCUUCACAAAAAUAUUAUAUUCCGACUUCUUCGUUAUACCUAUAUACUAAUGAAACUUCUUAAAGUAAUAACAAUGAGGGUAUAAACGACUGCAA